UAGUGGCGUUUCAUAAUGGAACUUUUAGAAUGAUCUCACAAGUCUUAGUGCCCAUGUGUUAUAAUUAGCACCUGCCUUUUGACUGACCUCAUUUUUCUGGUUGCAGACAGUUGGGGGGAAAGUCUAUUAAUAAACCCAGUUGGUGUGUUGUAAACCAGAACGAGGACAUGGGACUAUGCAGUAGAGGUUGCUGUGGCAGUUUGUUGUGAAAUGGCCUGCAGAACUAACACUGAUCUUAAACCUCAGCGUUUUGAAUUCACAGUUCUGUCUGAGCAGAUAGACAAACUUCAGGAGGAUGAAUCUUCUGAUCAUCAGCAAGACUCUGACUCUGAGCCUGAUGAAAUCCCUGAUGCUACUCUGCUGGUGGAAGGGGAGAGUUUUUAUGUCAACCGUCAACGGCUUGCCCUCCUGAGUCCAUACUUUAGGGCUCUGUUUUUUGGAUGUGGUUUGGAGAGUCGCAGAAGGAAAGUUGAGAUCAAAGGUGUGAGCCUGCAGAAUUUCAGUGUUUUGAUGGAAUACAGCGGAACAUGCCGCCUAGCUUUGAACAGAGAAAAUGUGCUGGGGAUCCUUGAGACUGCAGACUUUUUACAACUGGAAAGAGCCCGGCUUCUGUGCUGCAAGUUCCUGGAGCGUGAGCUACACCUCAGUAACUGUCUGGGGAUGAUGGCCUACUCUUGGAGGCUGGGCUGCACUCAGCUAUACAGGGCUGCACGACAGGUGGUACUCACACACUUUUCUGCUAUUGUUGCAGAAGAGGACUUCAUGUCAUUGUCGAAGGAGAAUAUAGCAGACCUUCUUGCCAGUGAUGACCUGGCCAUCUUUAAGGACGAUCUUGCCCUGGAGGCCACCCUGAGAUGGGUGUCAUUUGACUCUAAACGAGAAGAACAUUUCCUUGAGCUCAUUGAGCUGGUGAGGCCUGAGUUGCUCUCUUUGCCUUUUCUAACUGAAAUUUUGACCAGAAUGAAAAGCUCUGACCCCAGAGCUAAGCUCAUCUGCAUGCUGAAUGAACAUUAUCCAGCAUCUUGGUCGAAGGGCAGGUCAAUGAAGAGAACCAGGGCCACAGAGACCCUCUUUCUACUGGGGGGACCCCAUGAUCAGGAGAAACAGGCACUUAACCAGUUUCACCCACACAAUGGUCGAUGGCAGAGCUGUGCAUCUCUGCAGAGGAAGAACCUUACACAGUUCUCAGUAGCUGCUGUGGGAGACAAUGUAGUUGUGACAGGCGGCCACUUCAGGGAUGUCCUUUGGUUCAGUGCGGACUGGGUCAGGAUAUACGAAUGUGGGAACCAGCGCUGGAUAGACGGACCGGCCCUGCAGAAAUCCAGGCACAGCCACUGCUCCAUUGGGCUGGGCUCUGUGCUGUAUGUCCUCGGGGGCAGCAUGGAUGAAGGGCUUGUGGAUGAUGUAGAAAGACUGGUCCUGGGUUCUGAGGAGGGCUGGGAGGGGGUCAGCCCCAUGGUGAGGGCUGUGGAGAGGGCGGCCAUUGCUAGUCUGGACUCCUGUAUUUACGUGGCUUGUGGCCUGGAUGAAAACGGGGAGGCAUAUGGAGGAAUUCAGAGGUAUGUCGUGCAGGAGGAUCAGUGGGAUGUGGUCUCCUAUUCUCCAUUUCCACGAUAUGAUUUGGUUGCCACAGAACUCAAUGGCGCCCUCUACCUGUUUGGAGGUCAGGCUUUACGUUUCGACAUAGACACAGAUGAGUGGACCUUACUUGAAGAGGAAUGUCUGGACAGCAAGUUUUUCUCUGGCUGCACAACAGCCAGCGGACAGAUAUAUCUGGUCAGUGAGAAGAAGAGUAACAAAGCAUUCCCAAACAUGGUGCUGAUGGACCCUUACAUUGACACCUGCAUUGAGGUGGAUGAUGCCAUACCUUGCUCCGUCCCGCUUAGAGGAUGUGUCACAGUGAGAAUGGUUCCAUAAAUGUUAAAAUGUGAUUUUGUACAAGAUAAUUCUGUUUGUUUAUCUAGAUGACUUUGUGAGAGGGGUCAUACAAAUAGACUCACCAAAUAGACUGGGAUGUAAUAAAUCAUGGUUUGGGUGGAAUUAAGCUCAAAGAAAAAAAAGAAAAAAGAAGAUAGCGGUGUUAUUUAUAUCAAUAAAAGUUAUUUAUUAAAACUUUUCAACUUUACACACAAUCAACAGGGCAUUCAUGUGCACUCAUAAGAGAAAAGUAAAGUGUUAUUUUCAGGAAAACAUGAUUAUUUCCCUGGUUUUAAGUCUUCUUUUCCAAAAAGCAUCAUUCAAGUGGAGAGCUAUGGGUGUAGUGUUCAGUGGAUCAGCCCUUUUAGUGCCCUACAACUUCAAUCCCACUUAAUGUUGUGAGCCCCAGUGCUAUUUAGACCCUGUUUACAUUCAAACACAACCCUUCUUCUAAUCAGCGCACUUGUCUUUGUAUAAGAUGACAGGAACCAUUUAUCUGAAUUAUGCGGCAUAAUUAAGAUUACGUUGGUUUCUAACAAACAUUUCUGUGCUGUUCUGUCGACAAUCAUGAUGAUCCACUUAGAUCAACCCUAAGAAACAGUUGACAGACAAUGAGCCUCAUCUUUCAUUGUGAUAAAAUAUGUACAUGAAAAUUAAAUAACAUCUUUAUCCUAGUAAAGGAGUAGAGCAUUGUCCUAGCAUAUCAAAAUAUGUCAUCCACUUUAAUAAUUGAUAAAUCUUUAUAUUUACGUUUGACAUUUAUUCAUCGGAUAAAGCAUUUAGACCUUUGUAUACGCAACAGCUUUCUAUAAAUAUAUCCCAUUUCUUUAAUGCCCGUUUGUGAGCAAAUGUCCCACCGCUUAUAGAUACGAAGCAGCCUCACCAACAUAUCAGGCAAAACAGUGAAACCAGUGACAGUAAGGCCUGGUGUGUCCAGUGACGAUAGUCCUACUUUCACAAAGAGCUCCAAAAAUCAAGUGCUCGUCCAACAAUAAUGUUAAAACAGCAGCCAAGGCACAAAACGAAAACCCAGUGGUGCAAACUUGAACAGAAACCUCGAUGAGACCUCAUGCUGCCUGUUAUAGUGAUAUCAAAGUAGAAAACACACACACAUACACACGGUUUUACUCCAUAUGUAUAUAAGCCUUGUUUUUUUUUUUGUUGUUGUUGUUGUAAAAGCAUCAUUUCAUCUCAUUGGAAGUGCCCUCUCAAUAAGGAUGUGUUUUCUCUGUGCACCAGGGGGCGUACUAGGUUUUCUAAGAAGUGAGAUUUAAACAGAAAAGACAGAAUCAAAUCCUAUUUCAGAAAAAUACAUCUUUAAGAUACAUAAGGGACUUCUGCAGGAGGGAGUAGAGCAAAAUACAACAUAAAUAUGUCCUCUUCAGUAAAUUAUUCAUAGAAAAGAUAUACAAAUUAGGUUGUCAACAGAAUAACUACAGCAUAGGUUAUGCACAAUCAACAUAAUGUGUGUCAUCCUGGAUACAAAGCUUUGCAAGUGAAUGAUGAUUAAGUUCUGUCUCCUUUUUGACAUACUAUAGCUCUCUUGUAUAAAAACAUUUAUUUUUCUUUUUGAGUAUAAAUGCAUCGCAGCACAGUCCAGAUGCUGUUAUCCUGAUGUA